AUAAUGCUGUAUUAGACUAAUCAGUUUGUGUCUGUAAUCGACUGCUGCUUUCUUGGCCAGGUCUCUCUUGAAAAAGAGAUUUCUAAUCUAAAUGAGACUAGCCUGGGUAAAUAAAGGUUAAAUACAAAUAAAUAAAAAAUUUUAAUCACCCAAAAUCCUACGUGGUUAGGAUCAAAGUUUUACAUAAUACACAACUACUCAUUUUUAUAAUUGUAAGAAGGAAUUAAUCCCCAGAAUCCUCGUGAUAUAUUCUGUGGAAAUUUUUGAACGUCCAGUUCUGUAUCCGUUUCUGAAACCUUUGCCAUUUAUAUGACUUGCCAUAUAUAAAUGCCACCUCGCCACUGUAAAGUUAACGGGAACGUGUUUGAGUUCAGCACAAAAAUUAUCAUCCUUUAUUACUGGUAAUAAUUACAGCGCAAUCAGAUGUUUUAAGACGCUUGUGUUGACAAAUACGAUUAUAGAAUUAUGAACCGCCUUUCUAGUCUGUAACUGAAGUUGGUAAUCAAAUCAACAAAACACUGUUCCCAAUAUUCUUAAUUGUAAAUUGUAAAAAAAUAAAAUAACGAACGUUCUCCGGUCGAAUGGCGCUUGAACUCAAAACAGUGGAUCUGAAUUGCAUAGUGUGUUCUAGAACCGUUUGUCCUUGUUGCGUCUGUAUAAACUAUAUGCGAAACAGAAGUGUUCAGGCUAUAGUAUUUAAGCUCUUGUUAAACCCGUUCGCUGUUAUUACUAUUUUUGACGGACUUCAGUGAACACUACAAACCUGUGGAUUUACAAAACUUUUAAUUGACGUGUGUACCAAUUAAAUCUAUGUAAUCAAAGAUAUUUUGAGUAUGUUUCACGACGCGGUGAGAGAAGCGGUCUGCAAAGACUACCUGUCCGCUUUGGAGGACUUAACUUUCAACAGUAAACAUUACAUUAACAUGCUGACCAAGCUGGCAAAAGAGGACUUGUACUUCGCCAAGGACAUCGUGGUUAUUGUGGAAGCACAUAUCGUAAAGGUAUUUAUUUAUUUAUUUAUUUAUUUAUUUAUUUAGCCACUUCUCUGGCCGCUAUCUUUGUUAAUAUUUAUUUAUUGAAAAUUGACAUUGUUAAUAAAUAAUAUAUAUUGUAUCUGUAUAAAUUAUAUUACCAUUGUACUAAAGCAGUUCUGUACACUUCAUAGUCUACUGUAGUAGCCUACUGUACUAUUCACGAAAUACUGUACUUCCGGCUGAAAAUAAACAGCAAAUGUUGCAGCAAGCCUCAGAGAUUAAUCGUGUUGGAAGGUAUUGCUGGUUGAAACAAUAUUUCAGAUCAGUUCUUGGGUAUAGUAAUUGGUCGAAAUUGAUCUGUGUGUCUGUGUGAUUAAUGAUUUAAUUUAAGGACACGCCCUUUUGUUCUAAGCGUGAUUUCUCUAUAAUUAACAGGCUCCUGCGACUCAGAAGCUUCCAGUUCUGUACUUGGUGGAUUCCAUCGUGAAGAAUCUUAAAGGGCACUACCUUGCCGAGUUUGGCAAAAACAUCACAAUCUUGUUUGUUUCGGUCUUUGAAAAGGUGGAUUGUGACACUAGAAAAACGCUGCGUAGACUGCGCGACACCUGGGAUGACGUGUUCUCGUUGGAGACGCUAUACGCGUUGGAUAUGCGCGUGAGGUGUAUUGAUCCUAACUGGGCUAUCAAAUCCGUGCCACCAACUGUGGAGUCCAGCUUAUCCUUCACCUCAAGCCUUCGACAACCAGCUGCCAAUCAGCUGGGAUUGACAGGAGUGAACACGACAGAGGUGAGACGACAACAGCAGCACCGUACGACUCCAGUGAAAGAGGAUGAGGAGACAGAACCGAACCCAAGGAUGCGCUGUGCUGAUAGUGCAGAGGGCGACACAGCCAUCGUUUCUGAGCUCAGGGCCACCAGCCGGGCAGGCGAACUUCAGAGAGAGGGCGCUGGAUUUGCACCAGGCCCGGUUAACAAAAAGAAGAGGUCAUGCCCUGGAUCUUCGCCGCCAUCGCUGCUCCUCUCAAAGGGAAAAGACAGCCGCUCUUCAGAGAGCACGUCAGGAGUCACCUUUUCUUCUUCUGCAAGGCGCGAGAAAGGAAAACGAGUCCCUGGCAGACAGUUCCCACUGCCAAAAAAUGUUAAAGAGGAAAAAACUGACUCGACGAGUACUGCAAGAUUCAUACCGCUAGAGGGCGCCAAAGACAAACAGUUUAAACCGUUUGAAGAGGACUUGAGUAAUGUUAACUCAGACGCACAAUGCUCAACGCGAUUUGAAUGCGAACCAACUGCCAUUAACAAGAAGAAAAGGAUCUUCUCUGGGUCCGCUGUACCAUUGCUUCCCCUCUCGAAGCGGAAGGACCACCGUUCGCCAGAUAGGAGCCCGGAAUCCAUUCUUUGGUCUCCUGCAAACUCGGGGGAUGGAACACAAGCAAAAGAUUUCUCGCAGCUUGCAAACGCUGCAGAUAAAACAACUUCUCCCUCAAAGAAAGCAAGCAAUACUCAGGGAGUUAGAAGGUCGCUGGGAGGCGGGGCCAGUGAGUUUACCAGCAGGACAUACAGAAGUGAACGGGAGGAGCUGAGAAGCCUGAAGCAUUCCAGGGAGAGCCUGUCCCAGGUGGCACUGGAUCCACGUUUGACGGGACUUUCCGGCCCGCCCUGCCAGCACUGCCCUCCCAGGCAGCCAGGCCCGGCGGACCUUCAGAACCACCCGAGGCAGCACCCGGCCCUGUUCAUCUCCCCCAGGAGACGGGACCGCGUCACCCCCGAUGGCGGACACCACGUGUCGUACACCGCCCAGCCGCCUCACAGGGCGCGGAUGCCUGCGAACACGCUCGGAGACGCACCGCAGCCAUUCCAAACGCAGCAGAGUGCGUUUGGAAUGGCUGAUUUCAACAGGCUGAUGCCAGCUGGCACCCCAAAAGUCUUCAAUUCUCAACGGACACCUCUGACGCGCUUUUACCAUCCUGGCGCUCUGGCGCCCUCUACUGGACACACAAAUACGCCGGUUCCAGCAGGCAGCGUUCAUCAAGGCAUGAAUGCCAGGUCUGGCUUUGGAAUUACGCAGUCCUGCAUUGCUUCAGCCCAGAACUGUGCACUGCUAAACCAACCAGGGUCACAGUUUGAAUCGCGUGCAAGUCAUUCUGGCCACAUGAAUGUGAACAGCUUGCUAACAAGGCUCAUUUCCUCAGGAUUAAUUAAGCCAACUAUCACAGCACAAACUCAAACCGCUAAAACAGAGCGAGUUUCAGAAAAGCAGGAGGAGGACAACGUUCAAAGGGUCCCAGAUCUCACUGGGUUCGUCAAAGAACGCAUGAAACGGAGGUAUGGCGGCGUGGUCUCUGAGCUCUACGCCGGACGGCAGUGCUCUUCCUGCGGCGAGCGCUUUAGAUCCACGCACACGCGGAAGUACAGAGACCACCUGGACUGGCACUACCAGCAGAACAGCGCCAAGAAGAACAGCCAGGCGAGGGCCGCACACAGGGCGUGGUACUGCCGUGCGCAGUCCUGUGAAAUGUGCAGGGAGCUGUUUGACCUGACCUGGGAAGAUGACAGAGAGCAAUGGUGUCUCAAAAAUGCCAUUCGUUCAGAUGGAAAAACAUACCAUCCAUCCUGUUAUGAAGACUACCAAAAUACAUUCUGAUCUGUGGACUGCCUUCUUCUCACCCAGUAAAGCUGAGGUGGAAAAAAGACAGAAAAUUGAAAAAUAAACCUUAUGCUUCACCUCCAGAAGAAAAACAAAUAAUAAAAAAAUGGAUGAACUUAUUAAAUUAAAUUCAAUAUUAAUUAUUAAUUUACAUUUAUAUCAUUGCAAAACUUAUCAAAUAGUUCUUGAAUGGCACAGUGUAUAUGUAGUAGGUUAGAUUAUAGUAUUAGUAUUAUCAUUAUUUGUAGGUUCAGUAUUGUAUAUGGCAUUGUAUUGUUUAUGGUUAAGAUAGCUUAGCAUUUAGAAUGUAGGACAGGAUGAAGACAGAAUUUGAGCAAUUGUAACAAAACCAUCUGGUAGGCCUAAGUUAUAAAUACAUUUGCUUAAAAUAAAAACAGAACAUGCACACAUGCAAGUGUAGUUGUUUAUUUGGUUUUAGUGAAGUCAAAAUUGUGUUACUUAGUUUCCUCUUGUGUAAGGUAUUUGUGUGGCGAGUUUAGUUUUAAAUAUGCUCAUUCGUAGUAGUUUAAUUUAAGUGAUCCACAACAUGCCCGAAGACAGAGGGUCUUCCAGUAUAUGAGGGAUAUGUACAGAACGUGAAGACAAAUACAGGACAAAUAAUCAUAAAUCAAUUACACUAACACAACUUUAUAGACCUACAUUCAAAUCAUAAACAAGUGGUGACACGGCAAUUGUACAGAGAAAUACUACACUGACACAAAAUGUAAAAAUGCAGAAAAUGUACUGGUGCCCGUUGACACAACCUGAGCAAACUUAGGAACCACAUGGGACUGCAGGAAGACGAUGGGUCCUCUGCGUUGUAUAUUUAAAAACAAGUAACCGUUUGUUAAACGGUUCGUGUGAACAGAAUAUCCACUUGUGAAGGCAAAACGUGGGGAUAGUUGGACCAAGAAU